AUGUUUGAAGCAGUGCUAUCUAAUGGCGUCGUUUUGAAAAAAAUAGUUGAAUCCAUCAAAGAGCUCGUAACCGAAGUCAACCUCGAAAUCACAUCUGAUGGCCUCAGUAUCCAAGCUAUGGACAGUUCUCACAUCGCUCUUAUUGUCCUCAUCCUCAAAGCCAGUGAAUUCGAAGAAUUUCAAUGCGAUCGGCCUCAAAACCUCGGCAUAUCUAUUACAUACCUCAACAAACUCUUAAAAAUAGCUGGCAACGAUGACUCAAUUAAAUUAAAAUCAGAAAGCGACUCAGGUAUCCUCACCCUCACCUUUCAAGGGCCUAAUAACGAGAAAAUCUGCGAAUUUAAUUUAAAUUUAUUGACCUUGGACGCAGAACAUUUAGGUAUUCCAGAGCAAGAAUACAGCGCUGAGGUAAAAAUGUCGAGCUUAGAGUUCACGAAGAUUUGUAGAGAAUUAACACAGGUGACUGACACCUUAAAUAUUUCUAUUGAUAAAGAAGCUAUAAAAUUUGCUGUGAGCGGAAAUGUGGGCGCUGGAUGCAUAACAAUGAGGGGGAAUGUUUCAGAUAAAGUUGAAGAAAAUUUAUUUAUAAGGGUCAAUGGAAAUGUAAAUAUGGCUUUUUCGCUCAGGUAUUUGAAUUUAUUUAAUAAGGCAGCCAUGCUUUCAGAGGAAGUUGUGCUAUUUUUGUCGCCAGAAGUACCAAUUGUGAUACAGUUUGUGUUUGAUUUGGGAGAAUUGAAGUAUUUUCUUGCACCAAAAGUGGCUGAUGAUAAUUAA